AUGCCAGGAACAAAGAUGAUCCUGAAAGUCACAAUCACAAUCCUUUCCAAGCCCAGUGGUCAGUUUUUGUUCAAAGGACGAAGCUACAUUCUGGUAGUACUCUACCUUUUCACUGCUAUGGACUACGGCGCUGUCUGCUUUUUCAAUUUCGGUCCUUCUCCUGUGAAGGAAGAAUAUUUUGCUCCAGAAGUAAAGCAUUGGUAUAAGUUGGAUAUAACCGAUAUUGGAUAUCUUGGUCCAAUAUAUGUGGUGAGGCCUCUUUAA